ACGAAGCAAAGUCAAAUUUUCAAGCCACAGAACCCGGGCGGUUGGCAGCCUUUCCGCCACUGCCCACACUGCUGAAGUUGCUCUGGCGCGGACCACCGAUUUGAUGUUUGUUCACUAUUUUCUUCAGUGUGUAGCCAACCACUGUGAAGGCACAGGACUUUGUCCCUUUUUCUGAGAUGGCUGAAAACUUCGCAGGCCUUCCUUCUAAUUAUCAGUUUUGGAUGCAGAAGCUUUCUGUCUGGACCCAGGCCUCCACUUUGGAAACCCAGCGAGACAUCUGCCUUCACCUGCCACAGUUCCAGGAGUUCCUGAGGCAGAUGUAUGAAACCUUGAAAGAGAUGGAUUCAAAUACAAUCAUUGAAAGAUUCCCCACAAUUUACCAGCUGUUGGCAAAAUCUUGCUGGAGUCCUUUUAUCUUAGCUUACGAUGAAAGCCCCAAAAUUCUAAUAUGGUGCUUGUGUUGUCUAAUUAAGAAAGAUCCACAGAAUUCAAGAGAAUCAAAACUUAAUUCCUGGACACGGAGGUUGUUAUCUCAUAUAGUUUCCACAUCCAGAUUUGAUAUAAAAGAAGUUGGUCUUUUUAAUCAAGUUCUUGGGUAUGCACCCACAGACUACUAUCCUGGUUUACUUAAAAAUAUGGUUUUAUCAUUAGUGUCUGAACUCCGAGAGAAUCAUCUUAAUGGAUUUAACAGUCAAAGACGGAUGUCUCCUGAACGAGUAAGGUCCCUGUCACGAAUCUGUGUCCCACUUGUUACUUUGCCAGAUUUUGAACCUCUGGUAGAGGCUCUGCUCACCUACCAUGGACAUGAACCUCAGGAAGUACUCUGGCCUGAGUUCUUUGAUGCUGUGAAUGAGGCUUUUUUGCUGAAGAAGAUUUCUCUCCCCACGUCAGCUAUACUCUGCCUCUGGCUUCGGCACCUUCCCAGCCUUGAAAAUACAAUGCUUCAUCUUUUUGAAAAGCUCAUCUCCAGUGAGAGAAAUUCUCUGAGAAGGAUCGAAUGCUUUAUGAAAGAGUCAUUGCUGCCUGAAGCUGCUGCCUGCCACCCCGCCAUAUUCAGAGUUGUUGAUGAAAUAUUCAGGUCUGCACUCCUGGAAACCGAUGGAGCCCCAGAAGUGCUAGCCGGCAUUCAGGUGUUUACACAAUGCUUUGUAGAAGCUCUGGAAAAAGAAAACAAGCAGUUGAAGUUUGCACUCAAGACCUACUUUCCUUAUGCUUCUCCAUCUCUUGUCAUGGUGCUCCUCCAACACCCGAAAGAUAUUCCGCAGGGACUGUGGCACCAGUCACUGAAAUGUAUCUCUGAAAUGCUCAAAGAAGUAGUUGAAGACUACGGGUCCUACGGAGGCCCCUUUGAGAGCUGGUUUUUGUUUGUUCACUUUGGAGGAUGGGCUGAUAUCACGGCUGAGCAGUUACUGAUGUCGGAAGCUGAGGCUGAACCCCCAGAGGCCCUGCUGUGGCUCCUGGCUUUCAGCUGCAGCCCAGGCGCCGGGCAUCAGCAGAGAGCACAGACCAUGGUGGAGGUGAAGACAGUGCUUGGCCACCUCACAAAGCUGUUCAGGAGUCCAGCCCUCUCGGCCAGGGAUUUGCAGGCAGCAGCUGAAGAGAACCAAGGUGGAGACCCCAGACCGCCGGCUUGUCAGCAGCUGGUCAGACGCCUCCUCCUGUACUUCCUGCUCUGGGCUCCUGGAGGACACGCAAUUGCCCGGGAAGUCAUCACUCUCAUGGCUCAGACGGAUGCGAUAAUGAAUGAGAUUAUUGGCCUCCUGGACUAUACUUUGUACAGAUGGGAUCAUCUUUGCAUGGAAGCCCGUAGGUCGAGAAAACUGGCCAGGGAGCUCCUCACAGAGCUGCGAGAGCAAGCCUCGCCCAGCCAGGUUAACCAGUGACUCCACAUGAUGAAAUGACGGGGCCACUUCUUAACAGCCACAAGUUUGUAGAAGUUGUUCCCUCUUCGCAUUGUGAAAA